AAUCACUGCUCUAGGUGUAGGUUAGUAGACCUGCUAUAUAGAAAAUGCAUAAAAAUGUCAAUGUCUUGCAUACACACUGCUGUAUUGAGCUUUCUAAAACUGUUGCUAUCAAAUCAAUAACUUACAUAACUAGCCUUGCCGUUGACAUUGGAUGCAAUGUGAUCAGUACCGUGGUGUGCUGUCAAAACACCAGUGGCAGUUUCUACACUCCUGUGACUCAAACACUGCAGUCUGUCUGCACCUGCUUCUUCACAAACAGUAGCAGGGAUGCAGGUCCUGCAGGAUAUGUCCUACGGUUGCCACCUGUCCUGGAUCAUCCUGGUUUUGAGGAAGGUGUCCCGGGAUUUCAAUGUCUUCUCUGGACAAAGGAUUCUGGUUUUCAGUCUUAUGCUUUCACUUCCAUGUAGAUAAGGUUACUACAGCAACACUGCAAUGCCAGUCCUGUAAGUUGUGCACACGUAAAUCAGGACAAUAUUACUGCAAUAUUAAUUGGAUAUAUCAUUGGAUGACUACAGGAUUUGUAGAGUUUCAAUUUUUAACAACGGUCCUUCUGUUCCGACAUCACGGUUUUCUUUAGAUAGGUGGGACCCCUAGUGUGUUCCCCUGGCUGCAUCAGACAUCUUCAGUACUGUAGCACUGUAACUAACAUCACUGUUCACUAACAGACGCAAGGGGCCUUGCAGAUUGAUGAUAUUGUAUGGGUGCUGAGCACUUGCCUGGUUCUGGGUUGACAACUGGUUCAAAAUUAGAUGGAAGUUAAUUUUGCAGUUUACCGUGCUUUUUAACAUACUAUUUAUUAUUACCACUUUGACCAUACUUAACUGAAUUUACCACUGUCAACGACAUUUCUAGAAGUUAUUUGUUUUUGGCAGUUAUCACAUAGUAUUCUUAAAGUACGACAAUAAUAUAUGUAUUUGUAAACAGCCCCCAAAGCCAUAAUUUGGUUACAACAACAGAACUUAAAGUAAACAAUACUUUCAGCUACAUGCAAGGUGUAUUGACUGCACACUAAUUAAUGUAUGUUCAAGUGUUACAGAUACGUCCAGUCUCCAGAAUUAGGAUGCUUGCUUGACAGAGAAUGCGACCCAUGCGGCUUCUUUUAAAACGUGUGCCUUUGUAUGUUCGUGAAAAUGCUUUGAUAUUAACACGUGGUCCACACCCAUACGUUUUCUGUAAACACUGCGAGGGGUGGCUGGUUUCAAAGAUAACAUUGAUAGGCACUUUCUUGUGCCAAUAGAAAGCCGAAGGACUUGGAAUGAACCAAUCAUCGAUUAGUAUCCUCACGAAGGGAUGCAAUUUAACGCGAAAUAAAAAGGUAUAUCAAUCAAAUUAUUUACACAGAUUUUAGCCAAUAAAAAUACUUUAUUUCAUUUUUUUCUUUGAUUGACCUGGGCAUUAGCCAUUCAGAAACAACUUGGUAGUUUAAUUGCCAAUCCCAAGUAUCUGUUCUGUAUGGUGGGUGGGCGCAUAUCCUAUCAGAGAGAGAAGGCCGAGCGUUCACUGGAAAAGCGGAAAGAAAAUGGCGGCCGUGGCUGCGGAGGCUGGAGCUGCUGCGGCAUCAACAACAUCAGCGGGAGAGAGAGUGGGUCCCGAGCCGGAUAUAGUGCAGCUAGCCCAGGCGGAACCAAAAAUCGAGUCCGAGGCUGCGAAGGAGCUUUUUUCACAAAUGGACCCAGAGCCCAUUCCUGAUAAUGGGGAUGUCGCUCCGGAAUGCAGCAGCCUGGUCAGCGCUGAGGCAGAGGGCAGGCCAGAUCCAGAUCCAGACCCAGAGGCCGCGGGAAAGCCCUAUAUUAAUCCCAGCGAGCAGCAGGAGAAUGGUACAAUGGUGUCCGUAGGAGGUGAAGUGGAGGCUGUGACCGCUCCCGCAGACCACGACCAUGGAUUGUAUGGGACAGCGGAGCGUGAGAAUGAGUAUAACGGCGGAGAUCCGGAGAUAGCGUCUGAUCCGGCUGCUGGUACCGAGGUCAGUUCUGAUGAUUUUCAAGUUUAUCCCGAACCCAGGGUUAUUUCUGAUCUAGUGGCUGAUGAGAUCUCGAAUCCAUACCCAGCUCCUGCAUUAGGAGAAGCUGAAAUGGAAGCACCUUUGUUGGAAGAACCUGUGGCAAUUUAUGAUCACAUGGUCCAUACAGAACCAGACGAGAUCGAACCCAUUCAAACGGACUGUGAAGCCCGAACUGAGAUCGAGCCAUUGCCAGAGAAUAAACCGGUUGUUGAUGGCGUGGAUACUGAUCUGAAGGAUGAGAAUGCUGCGGGGCAGUCGUUUGCGGAUUCUGGUCCACACUGUUCUUCGAUAGCGACCCAAGACUCGAACAUUAUACCGAUACUGGACAAUGACAAACUGUGUGGGGCCGAUUCAGUUCAAAAUAAAGACAAUGACGUUAACAGUACUGAUACAAUGGAGCCGUCUGUUUUAUUAGCUGAAGUAAACUCCGUUGCUUCAGAACCAGAGGAACUCGUGGUACCGCGGCCGUUCGAGACGGAAACCCAACACUGCGAACCAGAAACAAAGCCGACGGCAGGGGAGGGUUCUGUUGUGGUCCACACAGAGACAAUCGCCGAGCUAAUCCCGGGGUCCGAGGUACGGGUCAUGCUGGAUCACAUAAUCGAUGAUGCGCUGGUGGUCUCCUUCCGACUUGGCGAGAAGAUGUUCUCUGGGGUUCUUAUGGACCUGUCCAGAAGAUUUGGACCCUAUGGAAUUCCAGUGACUGUGUAUCCCAAAAGAGAAUACAGGGAUAAACCAUAUUCUAUGCAGCUAAAGACUGAAGCAUUCCAAGCAGAGAUGGAGAAGGGACAGUGUGAAGCUACAGGGGACGCCCCUGAGAACCCCGCCAAGAAUCCACUUGUGCCGACCAACCAAUGGACUUCUAAACCUCCGCCUUUGUUCCAUGAAGGAGCCCCUUACCCUCCGCCUUUGUUUAUCAGGGACACUUACAACCAGUCAAUACCUCAGCCCCCUGCGCGGAAAAUUAAAAGGCCAAAGCGCAAACUAUACCGUGAAGAGCCCACGUCUAUAAUGAACGCCAUUAAACUUCGGCCACGACAGGUACUGUGUGACAAGUGUAAGAACGGCAUUGUGCCAGACAAGAAAGAUGUGAAAAAGAGUCACUCUGACUACAGGGGUGAGGAGAGCAAAAAAAGGCGGAACGAGAGCGUGGCGACUGUGAACAAGAGGCUCCGAAGUGAGCUUAAGGUGGAGGAGAAAGGCCGCAGCACAGAGGGAGCGAAACGCCAUGCUGCCAUAGUCAAGGUCUCCAGCGUGACCCAGACCAAAGGUGGCGGCAGCAGCAGGGUAGUCAAAGUGACUGCUGCAGCUUCCCAGGUGAACAGCUCACGGGUGCAGCUCAACACCAAGAAAGUGCUGCAGAGCAAGAACGUGGAUCACUCAAAGGCACAGGAUGUGCUGAAGAGGACUAAGGAUAAAGUGCAGAAGCGGCAGCGGGAUAGCGGUGGCGGUGCCAACACGACGGGCACGGCGGCUUCCAAGGGAACCAUUCAGAAAGUCCACUUCACCCGGCGCCUCCAGAACAGCGGUGGCAAUGCGGCCCCCCUACCACCCAGGAUACGCAUCAAGCCCCAAAGGUACCGUAACGAAGAGAACAACUCUUCCGCUUGUAAAGCGGGCUUUGAUAAAGUGCAGGGCUGCUGUAAAGAGGUGCCCACGACCACUCCACCCCAUUGCACCUCGACUCGCUCCUCAGCAGGUGAGGCCACUUCCUCCGAAAACCAGAGCCCCGCUAAAAGCCCUGAACCUGAGCCCGAGCCCAAGCCUGAGCCCCAGCCCGAUCCCCAGGCCGAGCCUGAAGCCAACCCUAAGCCUGAGCCAGGGCCAGAGGCCGAGGCCACAGAUGAGAGUAAAGACCUGGUAGUGGUGUCUGAGGAGCAGGAGCAGGAGGAGAAACGGGAAAAGCGAGGCAGCAAGGGCAAUAUCACAGUUUACAUGACCUUAAAUCAGAAAAAGCCAGACUCGUCUAGUUCUUCAAUGUGCAGUAGCGAUAGCGCAGAUGACCUUAAAUCGUCCAACUCUGAGUGUAGCUCUACCGAGACCUUUGACUUUCCUCCUCCCGGCUCUUUGCACGCUCCCUCCACCUCCAGCACCAACACCACCAGCAGCACCACCACCACCAUGACCACCUCCUCCUCCUCCUCCUCCUCCUCCUUCUCCUCCUCCUCCUCCUCUUCGAAGGAAGAGAAAAAGCUCAGUAAUUCCUUGAAAGCGAAAGUCUUUUCCAAAAAUGUCUCUAAGUGCGUGACUCCAGAUGGCAGGACCAUAUGCAUAGGGGACAUUGUGUGGGCCAAAAUAUAUGGCUUCCCGUGGUGGCCGGCCCGAAUCCUUGCUAUAACCGUGAGCCGCAAAGAUAACGGUCUUUUAGUCAGACAGGAGGCCCGGAUCUCGUGGUUCGGUUCCCCGACGACUUCUUUCUUGGCCCUCUCGCAGCUCUCCCCCUUUUUAGAAAGCUUCCAGUUGCGCUUUAACAAGAAGAGAAAGGGCCUGUACCGCAAGGCCAUCACAGAGGCAGCCAAGGCUGCCAAGCAGCUGAGUCCUGAGGUGCGGGCCUUGCUGACACAGUUUGAGACGUGAAACAUGGCAGGAAAGGAAGCACAGCGACACUAACAAGCUGCUGAUUGGUCCCUGAAGUCCACUACAACUCUGCAACUUUUUGGGAGUCUACAGAGACGGGGAGAGAGGGUACCCCAUCCUGGGCACAAGAGAAUGAAAACCAUAUUUUACCUGAUGAGAAAAUAUUUUAUAAAUAGAAAAAAAAAAAAAAAAAAGAUUUUGCAAUAAGUAUUGCAUGUGUGGAAAUUCUCUAUAUUGUAAAGAUUAGGGACCCACUUUGUAUUGAUAGUGUAGCAUCCCUUUGAGUCUAUGUUUCCAUAUGGAUGUUACCCUUUUUGAGUAUUUUUUUUCUUUUAAAACGAGGGCUGUGAUAAGAAGGUUUUGCUUCCUAUAAUAUUUGGAGUGGAGCCUUGAACGGGUGGCGCUUGAAGCCCUGAUGCUGCUAAAGGUGCUAGACUUCUCGGAAUGAACCGUACUACUGGAGUGUUUCCUACUCGCUCACUCGCUUUGUCACUCACUCACACAGUGCUAGAAGCCUCCUCAGUUUAAGCACUAUAAUCCAUGCAGAGCAGCUCCGAUACAGCAUGGUGUACAGUACAGUAUGAAGUUUCUGUCUGCAAUCUAUCCAAAAUCCAUUUCGGCUGGUUACUACUUGAGGCUGAAACCAAUCUUCUGAGAUAGUUGGUUACAGUAUGUUUAGCUUUUUUUGUUAAAAAUCGAAAUUAUCCAACUGAAUCCUUGUGAAUACCUCAUUUGAAAGGCAGGGCUCCCACCUCUCUUAGCUGCCUUUCCGACUGAUAAGUCUAAUACCCGUACCAGCAAAAUCUGUCUAUGCAACUUCUUUUGGAUUCGCAUUACACGACACGCUUGGUUUUAUUAGUUAUUUGACUGGCUUUAGGCAUUGCAUGCAUUAGAUAUAUCUGCACAGUGCUUUUUUAAAAUUUUUUAUAAUGGUGACCUUUGUUCUAAAUGUUUGAUGAGCUCAGGUCACAGUUGGCUGAAGUCAGCACUCCCGGAAAAACAGGUGUCGAAAUGUGGGGUGAGUCUCAUUUCCCUGCUCCAUCAGGAUCUGGUGCCCUCCAAUGCAUUAGGGCUGGGAAGCACAACCUGAUCUAACCUAAUAAGUGAGAGUGGAGAUAUGAGUAAAAGUCAAGCACUGCCUUUUUUUCCAAAAAAAAGAGGAACUUGCUUAAUUAAGCAGGAUUAUUUUUCCUUUUUGUAUUUAAAGCUUUUGACAUUUAAAAUGCAUUCAUCAAUUGAAAAGGAUGCAUCAACCUCAGCUUACUGAAACAUAAUGCAAACGAAGCCACUUUGCAUACUACUGAUGGAAGCAUUUUGUUUUCUGCCAGUAAGGAAGCUACUUAUUUUUUUUUAAGGGAAAAAGGCAAAGCUAGAGUUGUACUCAUGUGUUGACUGUUUUUUUAAUUAAUGGUGAUUACGAUGGAUUUGACAGCUAGUAAUAGUUGGCACCUGGUGGCAAGGCUUGUAAAUGAAACUCUGAAACAAUCCUAAUGCAUGUAAUGGUGGCGGCCACUGUCUGUGUGAAACUCGCAGGGCUUUCCUUCUAACAACUCAGUCACUGUUGGACAUUACCCUGAAUAAUGAAUUUCAAAACUUGGACAUGUCAGGCACACAAGUUAAAGGGAUACUCGAAUGUCAUUUCCAUGUUCCUGAUUUUUCUUACCUGUUGUGUGCUCUGUGGGAUUCUCUUGUUUCUCAUGCUUGCUUCUGAAAAAAAACCUUAAAGCUGAGCAAGUGAGGUGUGAAAGCAUGUUAGCGUUUCACAGGCUGCAUGCACAGUGCUUCUCCUAUGGGCGCUAACAUGCUUCACCACUUCACUUCCUUUCAAUCAACAUUGAGCAAUGCUUUCAGAAGCAAUUUUGGCUGGAAUAGUUAGUAAGCAUGGCAGAUGCCUUAGUGAUCUCAGCAGAAACAGCUGCAGAGAAUUAUACAGAACACAUGUACCAGGAUAUUAGCAAGUAAUUAAGAUGCAGAUGGCCUAACAUCUCUUUAAGUUUGUCCAGCACUCGAGUGUUAUUUAUUCAAAUAAGUUUUAAGAGUCUAACAAAGCCAUAGUACUAUGUCAUAAUGCUCUUUCAUGUUACUUGUCAGACCAGUUUGUACUUUAUUGUGAUUGACUUUGUUCAAACAAUUUAAUGUUCAGUUGCUGUUUUAUGAAUCAGACAUGUUACUUCGUACAGCUAAGAAAGUGUGAAGUACAGAACACCAUUGUGGCUUCCAUGUUUGUUUGCAUGAGUACUAUCAUGGCCAUAACAUGUUUAUUUGCUUUAUUUGAGUUUAUGUAUUUGGCAGAUAUAAUUAAUUUGAUCACAAUCAUGACAGUAGUGGCUUUCUAACUGGUAAGUUAGUCUAACACACAUUUAUUCUGCAGUAUAAACACAGGCUAAAUUAAACUGCACUCCUGUGUUAAGUGGUAGGAUACAGUUGUUUUAAUUAUUUCACAAUGGUGGUGAGCAUUGGAUUUUAGUCCUAUGUUGCACUGUUUCCUUUACGCUUCACAUUUUAUAAAUAUUGAGCUUAGCCAGUGCUUGGUAUGUUUAAGGGUUGACUGAUUGUAUUUUCAUCUGUGAACUUUGAAUAUGUGUUUAAAUUAUAUCAUGUUGCAUGUGCUUCAUCGGCACAUUAUUAAUUAAUGCUUUUGUCCAGCUUGCUAGAUGCUUCAGCUAUAUGAAUAUGAGGUUGGACUGCAACAUAGUGUUAAACAAAUUAUCCUGCAAAAGUGCAAUUUUGAGCCCUAUUUUAGGCAGCAGUCUGAACAAAUACUUCUGGGCGGAGACAGGGUGAUGCCAAUCCACUGCAUUAUAACUAACCCCUCCCCCCCCUUCCCAAGUUUAAAAUCACUAAUUAUAGGGUCGGUCUGGUGCUGUUGUGAUGAUGGCAAUGCAGUAUCUCUUUUGUAAUGUUCUAAAACAUCUUCAUUUUAUAAAAAGUGAUUUAAGGAUCACAAGAAUUUUGUCAUCAAUUAUGGGGACUUUCAUCCGUUCCCCUAAAUCUAAAUGAUACAGAAUUUAAACAUGCUUUGUCAAUGUGCUUUAUGAGUUGUGCGAAUGGAACGAUGUGCUUUAUGAGUUGUGCGAAUGGAACGAUGUGCUUUAUGAGUUGUGCGAAUGGAGUGAUGUGCUUUAUGAGUUGUGCGAAUGGAACGAUGUGCGAAUGGAACGAUGUGCUUUAUGAGUUG